GACAUGGACAUCUUGGAUGACAUGGGGCUAGAGGAAUCAUGAUGUUCGCCUGUGUUCCCAUGCCAACUCUGCGAGCAAUGCUGUCCAAGAAUCUGCCUCCUCAGCAAUAUGGGCGAGUAUUUGGGCUGCUCCAGCUGGUUCUGGCUGUGACUGACCUCUUGUCUAAUGUCUUUUUCACCUCCAUUUAUCCACUAACUCUCGGCUGGUUCAGUGGCUUCUGCUUCCUCCUCUCCUGUGCCAUUAGUUACAUUAGUGUCGUCCCGAUCAUUUAUCUAAGUGGCAGAGAACAUGGAACCUGAGAACAUGAAAAUGUGUCUGUUGCAAUUCUUUUUGAGCUGCUAAUGAGAUAUGGUGAUUGAAAAUAUAUGAUCAAAUUAUAUUUCAAUGCGUUUGCAUUUCAUGAGACACUUUGCAUUCAUUCACAAAAUUUUGUGUUCUCUUUCAAAAGUAUUACAUUCCCCAAGAAACGUUGUUUUUUUCACAGACCCUUUGCGUUCUCUCACCAAAGUUUUGCAUCCCCAUUAAACUUAGGGUUCACUUGCAAAAGCACUGAAAUAUUCACAAAAGUUUUGCAAGUGAGGGCAAGAGCAUUGAAAAUACAAUUUUUCUUCAUAUGUCAUUUUUCCCCAUCACCAUGUGCCUUAAAGGGAUUGUACCUAAAACGAAAAUUAAAGGAA